GUUGCACACUCCCUCCUCUCACUUCCCAACCCCUGUUUUCUCUCUCUACAUUUCUCCUCCCCCUCCCCCUUCUCACUUCUUAGCCCCUGUUUUCUCUCUCUACAUUUUCUCCCUCUCUGCCCCGUCCUCCAUGGCUUCCGACCUCGGAGUGCCUCCUCUGCUUCUCGACCGCAUCCGCAGGCUCGAAACGCACUGAAACCCUCCCUUAUUUUUCCACUCUCUCUGUCUCUGUCUCUGUCUCUCUCUCUCUCUGUGGCUGCAAUGGCGGGGUCGCUGACGUCCGGGUCGACCCUCUUCGUCUUCUUCCUGGCGGUCGCGGCGGCGCUGAGCUCCUGGGUCGGGUCGGAGCCGCCCGCCCAGGAGAGGCAGGCGCUCCUCGGCUUCAUCCAGAAGGUCCCGCACGCCAACCGCCUCCGGUGGAACACCUCCGCCAACGCCUCCACCUGCGGCUGGGUCGGGGUCACGUGCGGGACCAACUCGUCCGUCGUCGAGCUCCGCCUCCCCGCCGUCGGCCUCGUCGGGCCCGUCCCGGAGGGCACCAUCGGCGGGCUGUCCCAGCUCCAGGUCCUCAGCCUCCGGUCCAACCGGCUCUCCGGCUCGGUCCCCUCGGACUUCUCGAACCUGACCCUCCUGCGCAGCCUCUACCUCCAGGGCAAUAGCUUCGCCGGCGGUUUCCCGCCGGGCCUGACUCAGCUGACUCGGCUAAUCCGGCUCGACCUCUCCUCCAACAACUUCUCGGGCAAUCCCUUCGGGGUCAACAAUUUGACCCGCCUGACGCGCCUCUUCCUCCAGAACAACCAAUUCUCCGGCAGUCUCCCCAGCAUCAGCGCCGGUGGCCUCACCGACUUCAACGUCUCCAACAACCGCCUCAACGGCUAUCCGCCCUCCCUCACGAAGUUCGACGCGUCCGCCUUCGCCGGCAACCUCGCCCUCUGCGGCGGUCCCCUCCAGGCCUGCAGCCCCUCCUUCUUCCCCCUCCUGCUCCGCCGCCGAACCCGCCUUCGCCGAACCCCCUCCCAAGAAGUCCAAGAAGAAGGGCUCUCCACCGGCGCAAUCGUCGCGAUUGCAGUCGGCAGCGCCCUAGCCGCAUUCUUGAUUCUGUUCCUCCUGGUGCUGUGCAUCCGCCGGCGCGGGCGCCCGCGGUCGCCGAAGCCCCGAAGAACGUGGGGGCGGCCGGGCCGCCGAGGGCGGCGGCCGCGGAGGCCGGGACGUCGUCGUCCAAGGACGACAUCACGGGGGCUCGGUGGGGCGGAGAGGAACAAGCUGGUGUUCUUGGAAGGCGGGGUCUACAGCUUCGACCUGGAGGACCUGCUGCGGGCGUCGGCGGAGGUGCUGGGGAAGGGCAGCGUGGGGACGUCGUACAAGGCGGUGCUGGAGGAAGGCACGACGGUGGUGGUGAAGAGGCUGAAGGACGUGGCGGCGAGCAAGAAGGAGUUCGAGGGGACGAUGGAGGUGCUGGGGAAGGUGAAGCACGAGAAUGUGGUCCCCCUCAGAGCCUUCUACUACUCCAAGGACGAGAAGCUGCUGGUCUAUGACUACAUGGCCGCCGGUAGCUUGUCUGCUCUGCUCCACGGCAGUAGAGGAUCAGGGCGUACACCACUGGACUGGGAGAACCGGCUUAAGAUUGCAAUUGCCACGGGAAGAGGCCUAGCACACCUUCACGCGGCUGGCAAGGUGGUCCAUGGCAACAUCAAGUCCUCCAAUGUCUUGCUCCGGCCCGACCACAAUGCCUGCGUCUCAGAUUUUGGACUGAACCCUUUGUUUGGCACCGCGGCCCCGCCCAAUCGGGUUGCUGGUUACCGGGCCCCUGAGGUUGUGGAGACCCGGAGGGUCACGUUCCAAUCCGAUGUGUACAGCUUCGGGGUCUUGUUGCUGGAGCUGUUGACGGGCAAAGCACCCAAUCAGGCCUCCCUUGGGGAAGAGGGCAUCGACCUGCCCAGGUGGGUCCAGUCGGUCGUGCGCGAGGAGUGGACGGCCGAGGUCUUCGAUGUGGAGCUCAUGAGGUACCAGAACAUUGAGGAGGAGAUGGUGCAGCUGCUGCAGAUUGCCAUGUCCUGUGUUGCGGUUGCGCCCGACCAGAGACCGCCCAUGGUGGAGGUGGUCCGGAUGAUGGAGGAGAUGAACCGGGGCGAGACGGACGACGGGCUAAGGCAGUCCUCGGAUGACCCGUCGAAAGGAUCGGACGGCCAGACCCCGCCCACGGAGUCGAGGACGCCGCCCAUUGGCGUCACGCCUUAAAGCUCAAAGCUUUAAAACACAUUCUUGCGAUUUAUUGAGUUGGGUCUUUUCCUCAGAAACGUGCACAGGGUGAGUAAAUAACAGAUUCUCAAGUGUCCAUCCAUUUCCAUUUCCAUUUCCAUUUCAAUCUGAUAGAAGGGUCAAUUUAAUUUUUUUUGGGUCCAAAUUUCUUCUCUGUUCUUGAAAUCUGCAAGGGGGUUUUUCAACUUUUUUCCUUUUUGCCUGGUGGGAAUUGUGAAUUGAUUCUUAGAAGGGAGGGGAGGGCAAGUUGGGAAGUUCACUGGGAAGGGAAGUUCCAUGACCUUAAUUGGAAUCGACCAGUGAACACUUUGAUGCGUUUGUAGUUGGUUUUAUUUAAAUUCUUUUCUUUAUCAUCGUCACCUCAUAUAUCAAUGUAGUACUAUCUCUCUUCUCUAACCUCAGGGAUUUUCUUCUCUUCA